CUCAAUCAAAAACUUAAAAAAACACAACCCUUCGGUGGCGGCAUCCGGCGAUCGUUGUACGCCUCGUCUCUAACGAUCUGGCAUCCACUCUGCUUCUUCUAACGGGACCUGAACUUAGAUCUUCGGACCUCCAAUAAGAUUCCAACAACAUUCUUUCACCUCUCUCCACGCGUGCGACCGAAGACGAAGAAGCAGAGGGCCGCAGGCCCUUGAUUGUUUAUCGCAGGCGGGGUCGGGAGAAGCCCACAUCCGUGGGCCAGGCUGGAUGAAGAGUUAUUUAGCUUAAUUCUUAUUUAAUUAGUAUUGGCUUUUAAUUAGUUUCCUAGUUUCAGUUUAUUUCCUAAUAUCAAUAAUUUAGGAGUUUCCUAAAUUAUUUUCAGUUUAUUUCCUAAUAUCAAUAAUUUAGGAGUUUCCUUUAUCCAAGGAUAAGUUGUCUAUUUAUACCUCCUAAAGGGGCUUUCAAACUAUGUUUUAUGAAUAAGAAUUUGUGUGUGUUAAGCUCUUGAGUUUUGUCAACGGUGGUUACCGUUAAUUGUUAUUUUCCGUUCAUAUUAAUUGGUCCGACCUGCCGGAUCCCGUCCCGCCACAAUGACAAGAUCUCAAAGUGAACGUUUGCAAGAAUUGGAGAACGAACAAAGUCGCACGGGCGAAGAAGUAACCCGACUGGGGGCCGAACAAACCCGAACAAACCAAACCCUCGAAGACCAUGGCACGCAACUGGUGGCCAUAAACCAGACACUCAAUAAUCAUGGUACAAAACUGGAGGAGAUUGCCGCCUCACUGGCGGCGUUGACCCAGGCACUAGUACCGCCGAUAGUGCCGAAGACAACCGCCGGUGGUGGAGGUGGCAUCGUGGUAACCACGCAGCAGGGCGAUAACGGGCUGGGCAAUCCAACGCUAACAUUACUUCCGUCAUUCGAUGGGGGGGAUCCCAUCGGGUGGUUAGCACGGGCAGAACAGCAGUUCGAAUUACACAACUCUCCCCCGGGAAAGAAAGUGGCUGCCGCAAUGGUAGCUAUGGAAGGAGGAGCGCUCUACUGGGCAACAUGGCUCAAAUCACGUAAGCUGAGUAUGGGCUGGGAGGAUUUUAAACAAGCCUUGGUAACCAGGUUUGAUUCCCGGUAUAAAGGGAAUAAAUUCGAACGUUUAUCCGGAGCUAAACAAACAGGGUCCGUUCAGGAAUACAAUGUUCUUUUUGUUCAAUUAGCAAGCCAAGUUUCGGGAUUGUCUGAUGAUCACUAUUUGGGUUAUUACAUGAGUGGUCUCAAGGAAGCAAUCCGAAGCGAGCUACGUUUAUUACGACCUGAGAGCCUGGAAACGGCAAUGGAGUUGGCCGGGGAUGUCGAGCACAAUCUGGCCAUUCAGAAUGGAGGGAGAGGCGGACCAAAUUUUAACUCAACCGGGUCUCGAAUAAACAGCUAUCCACGUCCAAACCCGGGUAUGCUUUCAACUACGAGUAACGGCAGUUCGCGUGUCCAGGGGGGCAGCUUGCCGAAAACAACUGGGCCAAUAGUGGGGACCACACCACCAGUAACCGGGACCACGUCCGGAACAUCGGGGCAGGCCACGGAACGCUCCAGGUUUACUCGAAUACCCCCAAGGGUUUACGAUGAUUUACGCGCCAGAGGACUGUGUUUCAAAUGUCGGAAACCCUACUCACCGGGACACGAAUGUCCAUUAAAACAGUUAAGGGUGAUGCUAGCAGACGACGACGAAGAGUUGGACUUACAGCAAUAUGAUUAUUGCGACAUAACGGGGCAGGAGGAAUUUCCGCGAGACGACGACCCUCUCGAGGGACAAGAGGGAGAUUUUCCAGUCUAUGCCAUGGCCGGAAUUUUCAGCCCUCAGACUAUGAGGCUCCGCGGGAUGAUUGGGGGGUGCACGGCCACAGUCUUGAUUGACAGCGGUGCCAGUCAUAAUUUUGUAUCUUCUUCCUUGGUAUCUCUAUUACGACUAAAACAAGACAAGACUGGCAGGUUUGGAGUGCAAUUAGGGGAUGGGCAUAGACAGGAAUCUGAAGGAGUAUGCCGUCAACUUUCCAUUAACUUACCGGGAUGUGCUAUCAAGGCUGAUUGUUUUGUCUUCCCGUUGGCAGGAGUGGAUCUCAUACUAAGAGUUGCUUGGUUAGCAACUUUGGGGGAGGUGCAGACAAAUUGGAAAGAGUUAACCAUGCAGUUCAAACUUAACGGCAAGAAGGUUGAGUUAAAGGGAGAUCCCGCGAUGUGCAAAAAUGCAGUUAGUUUACGGUCUUUACUUAAGACAGCAGACGGAGAGUUCAGGGCAAUUGUCGUCAUCAGGGAAGCUAGUAAAGGGAAGGAAGCAACAACGGAUUCACUAGAUGAUAUCCUCAGUCAGCAUACGGAGGUUUUUGCAGAAGUGCAGGGGCUGCCACCACGCCGAACUAGGGAUCACCGUAUCGAGUUGGAACCUGGGGCAAAACCAGUUUCAGUUCGGCCAUACCGGUACGGUCAUUUACAAAAGGAUGAAAUUGAGAGAUUAGUCAACGAGAUGCUUCAGGCCGGUAUUAUUCAGCCCAGUUCCAGUCCCUUUUCCAGUCCGGUUUUGUUGGUCAAAAAGAAAGAUGGCAGCUGGCGUUUCUGCGUAGACUACCGGGAGUUGAAUAAAUCAACAGUGCCAGACAAGUACCCUAUUCCGGUAAUACAGGAGAUGUUAGACGAGUUGGCCGGCGCUAUGGUCUUUUCAAAGAUUGACUUACGUUCCGGGUAUCAUCAGAUCAGGGUGGCUGAUCCGGACAUCCACAAGACCGCUUUUCGUACUCACAGUGGGCAUUAUGAAUUUUUAGUAAUGCCGUUCGGAUUGACUAACGCACCGGCCACUUUUCAAGCAGUCAUGAAUGAUUUAUUUCGGCCAUACUUACGAAAAUUCGUAUUGGUGUUUUUUGACGACAUCUUGGUAUACAGCAGUUCAUGGGCCGAGCACCGAGAACAAUUGAGUCAGGUUCUGAGCAUUCUAAAAAUAAAUCAGUUCAAAGCUAAUAGAAAGAAGUGCACUUUCGGCCAGCCUCAGGUGGAAUAUCUAGGGCACAUAAUCUCGCAGGAAGGAGUAGCUAUGGAUCCGGCCAAAGUCAAUGCAGUGAUAUCAUGGCCUCGGCCGAAGACAGCCCGGGAGGUUCGAGGAUUUCUGGGGCUAACAGGGUACUACCGAAGGUUCGUUAAAGGAUAUGGACAGAUCGCACGACCGCUUACAGGGCUUUUAAAAAAGGAAGCCUUAACUUGUUUCCGAUGGACAGAAGAGGCCGAGGAGGCCUUCCGGCAACUCAAGAAGGCAUUAACGGAAGCACCCGUGUUAGCCAUGCCACAAUUUGACCGACUGUUUGUGGUAGAAUGUGACGCAUCCGGAACGGGAAUUGGAGCGGUUCUUAUGCAAGAACGAAGGCCCAUUGCGUAUUAUAGCAAAAUAUUAUCUGACAGAACUUUAUCCAAAUCCGCCUACGAAAGAGAGAUGAUGGGAUUAGCUCUGGCCGUGCAACAUUGGCGGCCAUAUUUAAUUGGUCGGAAAUUCAUCGUGCGCACCGACCAUAGGAGUCUCAAACACCUGCUCACUCAACGCAUAGCAACUCCUUCCCAGCAAGUGUGGGUAGCAAAAUUAUUGGGUUACGACUUUGAGAUUGAAUACAAGACUGGCAUCUCCAACGCAGCUGCCGAUGCUCUGUCUAGAAGAGGAAAGGAAGUAGAAUUGGCGGCAGUAAGCAUUCCAGAAUGGAUGGGUCUGGCCGAUGUAGAGGAAGAGCAGCGGAGGGAUAAGGUCUUGCAAGAAAUUGUGGAGGCACUGGCUGUUGACCCGGCAAAAGCGCCAGGAUAUGAAGUAACAGGACGGCGGCUAUUUUUCAAGGGCCGACUGGUCCUGCCAACUAAUUCAAGUUGGAUACCACAAUUACUGGAAGAAUUUCAUGCCACGCCAACCGGAGGACAUGCAGGGGCCUAUCGUACGUACAGAAGACUCGCCAUGAAUGUAUAUUGGAAGGGAAUGUUUCGACGAGUACGAGAUUACGUGGCACAAUGUUUGGUUUGUCAAAAAGCCAAAUACGAGACUUUAUCACCCGCGGGAUUAUUGCAGCCUUUACCAAUUCCCAACUUAAUUUGGGAAGAUAUUUCCAUGGAUUUUAUCACUUGUCUGCCUAAAUCAAAGGGGUAUACGUCUAUUUUAGUGGUGGUAGAUCGACUGUCAAAAUACGGACAUUUUAUUCCCUUAAAAGGUCCCGUCACAGCCUGUUCGGUUGCGGAAGUUUUUUCUAAAGAGGUGGUUAGGUUGCACGGCAUCCCACGCUCAAUUGUUAGCGACCGGGACUCACUAUUUAUUAGCACAUUUUGGAAGGAAUUGUUUGAGUUGUCCGGCACUCAACUGAAAUUUAGCUCGGCUUAUCACCCAGAAACGGAUGGACAAACGGAGGUGUUGAAUCGCGUAUUAGAGACUUACCUUCGUUGUUUCACAAGUGAGCAGCCGAGGCAAUGGAUACGCUGGAUUAGUUGGGCAGAGUAUUGGUAUAAUACCGCUUUUCAGACUGCAGCCAGAGUUACCCCAUUCGAGGUAGUGUACGGACGGCCACCCCCAUCUAUUCGAAGAUUUUUGCCGGGAGAAAGCAGUGUGGCAGCCGUGGCAGAGGUUCUCGGCAGCAGAGAUGUUAUGCUAAGGCGGCUAAAGGAGAACCUACAAAAGGCUCAACAAAGCAUGGCGACACAGGCAAACAAACACCGUCGCAAUGUGGUUUUUCAGGCUGGAGAAAAGGUGUUUUUAAAGGUAAGGCCUCAUCGACAAACAACUCUAUUUCGCCAACCAUAUAACAAACUGUCAGCAAAAUUCUAUGGGCCAUUUAAGGUUGAAAAGCGAAUUGGGGAGGCAGCCUAUCGCCUGGCACUACCUGCCACUAGCCGUAUUCACCCGGUUUUCCAUACAUCUCAGCUGAGAAAGGUAAUUGGCGAUCACCCGGUGGAGAGUGAGCUACCGGAAAGCUUGGAAUUACCUGAGGAAAUAUUAGCUACAAGGAAGAAGAAUGACAAAAAAGAGGAAUUGUUGGUUAAAUGGGCUGGACAGUCUACGGACGAGGCAACUUGGAUGAAUAAAACAAGCUUCUUGAGUCAAUUUCCUGAUUUCAACCUUGAGGACAAGGUUCUUCCAAAGGAGGAUGCAUUUGAUACGGAGCAGACGCGUGCGACCGAAGACGAAGAAGCAGAGGGCCGCAGGCCCUUGAUUGUUUAUCGCAGGCGGGGUCGGGAGAAGCCCACAUCCGUGGGCCAGGCUGGAUGAAGAGUUAUUUAGCUUAAUUCUUAUUUAAUUAGUAUUGGCUUUUAAUUAGUUUCCUAGUUUCAGUUUAUUUCCUAAUAUCAAUAAUUUAGGAGUUUCCUAAAUUAUUUUCAGUUUAUUUCCUAAUAUCAAUAAUUUAGGAGUUUCCUUUAUCCAAGGAUAAGUUGUCUAUUUAUACCUCCUAAAGGGGCUUUCAAACUAUGUUUUAUGAAUAAGAAUUUGUGUGUGUUAAGCUCUUGAGUUUUGUCAACGGUGGUUACCGUUAAUUGUUAUUUUCCGUUCAUAUUACAUGGCAACUGAUUUGUCUUAUUAUUUAGUUUAUUAAGAUUUCCAUUUAAAAAUCUUGGAAUUUGGGUGGCUUGCUAGUUUUUUUGCUAUGAUUCUAUGUUUCUAACUGUUUUAGUGUCUGUAGAACCUAUUUACGACUUUACGUAGUACUAUACUACUUACAUUUAGUAUGAUAUAUUAACUUUAACGAUAUAUAUAAGUUAUUUAACCUAAUCAGCCAUGCUUCCUCUAUUUACCUAAACACUAUCACUAUAUUUCUAUAGCGGUUUUAAACUUUUCUCCGUAAGCUAUUGGCUAUUGAUUACACAGGUAUGUGUAGAGAAUUGCUCCAACUAAAGAGUCAAACUCACAAAAACAAAAACAAAAAAAAAAUUCUUAUGGGUAAAGUGGCACACCCAAGCACUACUGUAUAUAUGGAUGCUUUUCAGGACUGAAAUGAAUAUAUUUGAAUGCAAUAAUUCUAGAUUCUGAUGAGCGCAUGACACUAAGAGCUAGCGGGAUUUAUUCCCCUCCCCCCUUUAGCUUAUAAUGAAAAACCAAGAAACCUAAGAACUGGUGGUGUUUCCUUUUAAUUGUAUCUGUUGAUGUAUCUAAAUUGAAAAUGUUACACCCGAACAAGAGGCAGUCAUUUGGCCAAUUGACUCCUGCAGCUUUUGUAGUACCUGAGAAGAGAAACUGUUCUUACUAGCAGUUGUUUUCUCUGAUUCUUACUCCGUAUUACAUUUGAAUGUGAUGUUAAAAAUGAAAUGAUUACAUUUGACAAGAAACCAAGAUCGAGUUGUUUUGCCAUCAAAGGGGAUGCACGUUACCCAACCAAGUGAUUUACUGGAGGCCAUGGUAUGAAUUCCAAUGCAGCAUAUGUACUUGUUGACAGCUAUGUUAGUAAACCCGAUUAACCUGAUUUUUCACCCGCCUUUUUGGCAUGGGAAAAUAGGUCAAAUUUCUUCUUGUAUAUAGUAAAGAUUACUAGGACUGAAAGUUUCAUUUUUGUUCAUUCCUGAAUUGAGUAAUCACCAUUCUAUUAUUUUUAUACUGAAUAAGUAGGUUUUGAAAAUUUUUCUAUUCUAUUUAACUUUAAUGUUUCGAUGUGAUUUUUGAGUUGCUUACCUUUUCGGUUGUUCUGAUGCAGGGGAUAAAAGAUGGUGCAGUAUAAUUUCAAAAAGAUUACCAUUGUCCCCAAUGGGAAGGAUUUUGUUGACAUCAUCCUGUCUCGUACACAAGAGGCAGACACCAACUGUUGUGCACAAGGGCUAUGCAAUAUCUCGUAUCCGUCAGUUUUACAUGCGCAAAGUGAAAUAUACACAAUCGAACUUCCAUGACAAACUUUCCACCAUUAUUGAGGAGUUUCCCAGGCUUGAUGAUAUCCAUCCUUUCUACGGUGACCUUCUCCACGUCCUCUAUAACAAAGAUCAUUACAAGCUUGCACUUGGACAAAUAAACACAGCAAGGAACCUGCUUUUCAAGAUAGCCAAGGAUUAUGUGAAAAUGUUGAAGUAUGGUGAUUCACUAUGUCGUUGCAAGUCAUUGAAAGUUGCUGCCCUGGGACGAAUGUGUACUGUGAUAAAGCGAAUCACACCCAGUCUGGCUUAUCUUGAGCAAAUCAGACAGCACAUGGCCAGGUUUCCUUCAAUCGAUCCGAACAUUAGGACACUCUUGAUUUGUGGGGUACCCUAAUAUCAUUGAGAUGUGCAGUAUUACAGCUUUAGCCCAUCUCAGAGCCGCCGUUUUAUUUUUCCUAGACAUAUCCGGAUCUUGUGGUUACAGUAUUGCGCAGCAAGCUGCUUUGUUCCACAGUAUAAAGUCUCUCUUUAUGAACAAACCCUUGGUCAUAGUUUGCAACAAAACUGAUUUGCAGCCUCUGGAAGGGAUAUCAGAGGAAGACAGGAAGUUGGUCAUGGAGAUGAAAGAAGAAGCUAUGAAGACUGUGAUUGGACAAGGCGGAGAAGCCAUGGACGAUCAAGGUGUACUUCUGACUAUGAGUGCUUUGACUGAAGAAGGUGUGAUUUCUGUGAAGAAUGCUGCUUGUGAGAGGCUGUUGAACCAAAGAGUUGAAGUCAAGAUGAAAUCAAAGAAACUAAAUGACUGCUUGAAUCGUUUUCACGUUGCCAUGCCAAAACCGCGUGACCAGAAAGAAAGGCCGGUGUGUAUACCUCAGGCAGUGCUGGAAGAGUGGAAGCUAGAGCAAAGAAAGCAGAGGAAGCUGCAGAGAAAGAGAAGAAGAAGCUUGAGAGGGAUCUUGAGAAUGAGAACGGAGGUGCGGGUGUCUACUCUGCUAAAUUGAGUAAGCACUAUAUCUUGGCUGACGAUUCUUGGAAAGAUGAUGUCAUGCUGUCUAGAUCCAGGUCAAGGUCAAAGUCAAGGCUUCCAAACGAAUUGGUGCCUGGUGAAGGAUUCAAAGAUUCUGCACAAAAGUCAAAGGCUAUUGAUUUGGCUAAGAACUCUUCCAAGGUUAGGAACAAGGCAGCCUGCAAGGGUGAAGGUGAUAGAACUAUUCCAAAUCUAAAACCGAAGCACUUGUUUUCUGGCAAACGUUCUAAUGGAAAAACACAAAGGCGUUAAGGUAUACAAGGUUCUGACGAAAUUUUGGAAAGGUGUUCAGUAUCUCAGCUUUUGUUGUUUCCGGGAGAUUGUUGGGAUCAACAUAUGACAUUUCAGUUUUUGGUUUUGCAAUUUAUUUAGUGUUGCUUCAAUAUGUUUCUGUUUUUUUAGCUGCUCCGUGAAAUGUUUAAAGUUCAUGUUCUUUAAAGUCCACAUGGGUAGCUCACCAUGUGAUCAGGGAGGUUGUUGAGCAAUGGACUUGGGUUCGAAUCUUGGCAGUGGCAGUGAUAGUUUCACCCAAUGUAAUGGUUUCCUGUGAAUGUCAGAUACUAGGCUGCCCCUCUCAUUAUAUGUGUGGCAUCGUACCGUACCGUAAUUUAAUUGUACACCACUCUGUCUGAACUAAGUGUAGGGAUACAGGGGUGGGCUUUUCCACCCUUUGAGUUCAAAAGUUACAAUGAGGACCCUCUUUAACAAGAACCAAUAUACUUGAGUAAUUGUUAC